UCUCUCAACCCCACACUCUUCCUCCUCUUCACUUUCUCUCUCUCCCUCUCUUCUCACACCUCCCUCUCUGCUCACUCAUUCCUCUCCUCUCGUCCCGUUGCUUUUCCCAGCCGCCUCUUCUGACUCAGUGUCUGUUUGGUUCUUCUGAGCUUCACUGGUCAUUCCUACUCAUCCAUACGCCAGCGCUCCUCUCCUUUCCUUUGGAUAUCUCCAACCAUGAGCCCAGGAGCUCCACAGACGGAGAAGAAGGCGAAGCAGUCUCUGGGUGGGAGUGCGGGACAUGGCAGCACUGACCAUGGACUUGCAGACUUCAGACUAGGAGAAUCUCAGGAACCUCCACCACUGAAGAACUACAUCUUCCUCACCAUCUUCACCUGCUUCUGUCCAGCAUGGCCCAUCAACAUCGUGGCCCUGGUCUUCUCUGUGAUGUCCCAGAGUAGUUAUGAUGAUGAAGACUAUGAUGGUGCCCAGCGCCUGGGUAGGAAGGCUCUGCACAUGGGCAUAGCCUCCAUGAUCAUUGGCAUCAUCAUCAUCAUCAUAUUCACCAUCGUCCAUUUCACAACGAACGCAAUAUGAAACAACUGGGAGAAAGCAUCCAAGCCAAAAACAUCAGACGAACUAACACACAAAGACAUACAGUAUAUCCUGGAGGAGUAACUAUUCUCAACAAAGGAAUCGAUGCCUACGGACACAUCAGAGAGACUGGACCCACACACUGGGGCAGGCUUGGUCUCCCUCCCUCCCUCUCUCUCUCUCUCUCUCUCUCUCUCUCUCUCUCCCUUUUUCCCAUGCCCCUCUUUCUGCCUGCUACAAAGAGAGACUGUGGGCAGGCUCUGUCUUAUUUUUAACAUUCAGCUCAGUACCAUUUCCAGCUCGUCCCUCUGCGACUCCAACUGAGCGAGGGAAGCACUGACAGAUCUCGGUAAACUCACGCCCCAGCUGAGGCUACCAGGUCAACAGAGGUGCCGUACAUAUGAGGACGAUGUACUCUUUUUCACAGAUGGUCUUACCUCUUACCGCUAUACCCUUUUCUCCAUACCCAGUGAUCCCCCACACUUUAUCUCAUCAUCUCAUAUGUGGUUUCAUGAACCUUACCAGCGAAGUCAAGUCAUAGCUGUGUUUGAAACACUACAUUAAAAACAUAUGAUGUUUCCCCAAAAAGAAAUAUAAUCAUCCUUCCAAAAGAAGUGCAAUAUUCAAUCAACUUGAAAUGUGUCAAAUGACAGCAGUCCCAUUUCCAGGUCUUGAACAUCACAAUAUACAUAACACACAAAACAUGCUUUAGUGUUCACCAGCAUUGAAUCCUAUGUGUCAGCACGAACAGAAUGCACGCAUGAAAGCUGAUGUCUGUAAACAUUCACUUUUUUAAGUUCACCUUUUUUAUAUAUCAAGUACCAUGGAGCUCCUCUAUAUCUCAGUUCAGCUCAUCAGCCGAGAACUAACAAGGUCCUAGUGCACUUUGGAUAACAAUGCAAUUGUGAACCUAGAAUCAAAAAGCUACCAUGAAAUGUAUUAUCAUGUCAUAUGUUGUAUUAUUUUUUUAUAAAUAGUAUAAUGCUUCAAGUUUGCACCCAAUUACAUUAUGGCAUAUUACAGUUUUUCUUGAUUGCUUUGACUUGCUUAAAUCCACUUGGUCUUCAUUAAUAAUACCUUCUUUGCACAGCAGAAGUCAUCUCUUGCAAAUGUGCUCACACAUUUUCAUUGGGUUCACACAAUUCUCACACCCUUUUGCAAAACAGUUAACACAGAUGUCAUUCAAAGGCCCCAAAUUCAAACUACUGAUUUCCCUUUGCUAAACAAAAGGAAAACAUCUAUUCACAGGUCAUGUCAGAGUGGACACAAGCAUCAAAUCGAUUAAGAAAAACUGUAUUUGGUGCCAAACAAAUGCAAAUUUUGAGGUCUUGGAACCAGAGGGGAGUAAGUGACAAGUAUACUGUAUAUCACAAUUUCACCAAACAUGUCACUUAUGCCCCUCUUGUUCUCACCUUGAUUUGAGGUUGUCAGGUAGACUAGACCUUGUUAAUUCUUGGCUGAUACUGUGUCUUCAGAUAACAGUGAUUUACAAUUUAAGAGAAGCUCUACAACAUGCUGGUAUACUUAUACUAAUUUUGUCCUUUGAUAUGCAUUAUUAUGGUAAUACAUUUCUAUUGGCUUUUGUACAUUUUGAUUGUUUGCCUUUCUAUAAACCUUGUACAUAGUGAUGGAUUUUAAUAAAUAUAUUA